UUUAUAGGUUAAGUUGUUUACAUGUUGUUUAGUCAGAGUGUUUAGUUAUCAGUUAUCAGUUUGAUGAUAGUUUGUCCCCUAUUUAUUGAUUCGAGAUGCCUUCUGAAACAGUAUCUUUUCAGAAUUGCGAAUUCCUUAAGAUGAUUCGAAAAACCGGAGAAAAUAAAUCACAUGAUAUUCCAAAGCUCAGAAAAUUCUUAAAAACAAUUUAUGAUUGCACAAAAAAUGAACAGAAAAAUUACUAUGGUAAUUCAAAAGCUCUUCCAAAAUUGAUAAUUCAAAACAUGGAUACAGAACAAAUAUGGCAACAAUUGGAACUUCAGAAUGCAGAAGUUCUAGCCAUAAAUGGAAAAAAAAUUGAGAGCUUAUUAUCUCCACAAGUAUGCACAGAGGUUCAAUUGUCAGAAAACGAAAUGGAUGAGGGUUCAGAUCACGAAAGCGGUGAUUCAGAAUUUGAAGCAGAAAAUGAUCAUAUCUCUGAGAAUGAAGAAUCAGGAGAUAUUUCAUUUGAAGAAGAUGAUAUGGAAGAAGAUUCCGUCCCAUCACAACUCCCAAAAAAAUCUUUUAAGAAGUCUGUUGUUGAUGAUGAGUUUUUCAAAUUGAACGAGAUGGAAGAAUUCCUCAUUUCAUGUGAAAAAGAAGUAGACAAAGAAAAUGAUGAUUCUGAAGAAGAAGAUGAGAAUUUAUUCUUUGCUGAGGAAGAUGAUGAAAAGGAAUAUGAAAAGGCUAUAACUGCGAAAUUCAAAGAUUUUUUCCGAUCCAAUGAGGAGAAAAAUGCAAAUGAAAAUAAAUCACAGGACGAUUUAUCUGAAGAGGAGGAAGGAAAUUUACAUUCAAAUUUUGAGUUGCGUAAAGAAAGAUUACAAAAGAAGAUAGAAGCCCUUGAAAAUAAAGCAGUUGCUGAAAAACCAUGGACAUUGAAAGGAGAGAUAAGAGCAGACAGUCGUCCAGUGAAUUCUCUACUUGAGGAAGAUGUAGAAUUCGACAGAACCACAAGACCUGCUCCUAUCGUCACUGGAAGCACGACACUCAAGUUGGAAGAUAUCAUAAGGCAGAGAAUAAAAGACAAAGCUUUUGAUGAUCCUCAACGGAAGACUGGCUUUGUGGAGGAACCUAUUGAAUUCAAGAAAAAGUUGGUCCUGAAUCAAGAGAAAAGCAAAGAGUCUCUGGCACAAAUUUACGAAAAAGAAUAUUUGGCCGCUAAAGAACCCGACUUAACUGAAAAAGAGGAGGACAGUGAACUUCACAAAGAAAUAAAGACUGAAAUGAAAGCACUAUUCAGUCAAUUGGACGCCUUAUCCAAUUACCAUUACACUCCUAAGCCUGCAGUCCGGGAAGUGAAAAUAGUCAAAAACGUUCCAGCUUUGAAUGCAGAAGAGGUUGGACCUGUGGUAAUCAGUGAUGCCAUGUUGGCUGCUCCAGAGGAAGUGAAACAGAAGAAAGAAAUGCUGGGUGAGAGUGAGCUUUCAAAAACGGAUAAAAAACGCAAAAGAAGGCAGAAAAAGGCCAAACAAAGGAACAUGAAUGUAAAAAAGGAUAAGAGUGAUAUAAAUAAAGAUCCGAAUAUAAAGAAGAUGGACCAAAGUAAAAAGACAUCAAAGUCUUCCAAAGCCUUUUUCGAAGAAAUGGAGGAAAAGCAAAAAAUUAGAAAAUAAAAAGUUCUGGUUUA